AGAAAAGAGGCCAUAACUAAAUUUCUGCUCUUCUGCACUGAUGUGCUAAUGAGACCAAAUAGUUUAUUUUAAGCUAGUUAAGCUAGGAAUUGCUUAAUUUUUUUCUCCAGGUGUAUGGAUCCAAAUGUGUUGCCUUAACGCCGCCAUGAGGCUUUGGAUGAUCUUGGUUGCAAUUGUCACCCCGUUGGUCGCAUGCAGUGAAUGUAAGGCUGAUAAAAACAUAUACCGUGUUUUGAAUGGAACUAUAAACUUAUUAUUUCACUGCGACUUUAGCAACACAAAAAUGGAAUAUAAAGUGACACUAAUCAAAGGUUCCAACAAAGGAGUAGUAAUUUGCCAUGGAUCCUUCAAUGCUUCUCAUCAGCCUUUCCAGCACAACAAGUGUAGAAUAACUCCCACUGCAAGCAAUGUCACGUUUUACCUCAAUGACCUCUCUGAAAACGAUACAGAUAUUUAUUAUUUGCUGAAGGAACACAUGGAGCCACCACCCUAUAUAGCCAAGUAUGAUAAUGGCACUGUCAUUCAUGUAAAAGAGAUUGUGCUACAACCACCACCUAUCCUGGCGAAAGAGCAGUCUCCAUGGCCUAUGUUGGCUUCAGUUGUAGCUUUAGCAAUAUACAGUUCUGGCAUUACAAUAGCAUUAAUUUACACUUUGCUGAAAGGAAGGAAAACCAGGAUUUUACAAAGUGAAUACAUUAAUGUGGUACCACAGAGACCCAAACACCAUCAGCCCUACGCCCCAGCUCCGAAGCACUUGCGGGUUCGCUGACUGCUGUAUCCUGAUGUAAUCUGUCACAUCCAAAUGGCUCAAAGACUUUUAUUCUGUCCAUCAGGCAGCAUUUAACUAACUAGACAAGACUAUGGGAUUUGCACUGUGUCAAUCAAGAUGUACGUUGAUGUUCCAGAUAUACCUGUAUAUAAAAAGCGGAUCAUUUCUAGGGUUUAAACUUUAAUAGCCAAUAUGGU